ACCGUCGCCGCGGCCGGAAAAAUCAAAACUUAGAGACCAAAUCGUCUCGUAACUCUUAAGAACAGAAAAUGUUCAGUCGCCUCCUUCCAAAACCCUCCCAUUUCCGUCUCGUAACUCUGAUUUCUUCGAGAACCCAAGCUUUUCCCCGUUCUACUCAAAAUCCUAUCUUCCCUUCCCUCUUGAAACACUUCUCAUCCAAUCACAACAACAAUAAUGGCAAAGACCAAUCAUUUCCCAGCAUCUGGACGGUUUCUCAGGAAGGUGAGGAAAAGUUUGAUUCACUCUUCUCAGAAGAUUCUGCCAACCUUUCUGGAAUCACUGAAACUGAGUCUUCCACCCGCAGGCAAGACUCAGGUGGGGAUGAAGGCAAUGUCUUCGGUGGAAUUGACUCUAGCAUCAAGGAUGAAUCUUGGUUGAAUGCUAGAGAUGGAGAAGAAGGUGAUGUGUUUAAGGGAAUUGAGGAGGGUGGAGAGAAGAGUGGUGAAGGGGAUUUGUUGACUGCAGAGGGGGGACAAGCCAUGGAGCCUUGGGGAAGAGGAGAAGGAUAUCUUCAAUUUUGGAGAGCAUCUGGUAUAACAGAUGCAAUGUUGGACAGUUUGAUUGCAUUGAGAGACUUAGAGGGGGUUGAUGGCUUGCCCCCUCUCCGUCAAGUUGGAGCAAUUCAAUUAUGCAUCAGCAGGGCAUUGCAAAACUGGGAACCUGACUUGCGUUCUCCUCUCAGAGCUGGUACUGCUAUAUCUUUCCCUGUGUCUGUGUUUAGUGCCUUAACAUUCUAUAAUUGGCAUGUUAUCCCCCCUAUGCAGGAAACUUACUGUGAAUUCGAUAUCAGAUGGUUUCUUGACAAGGGAUUCCCGUGUGGUGGAACGGAAAAAACCAGGAAAGGCGAAAGCAAGAAAAAGCUUCCAAUGGGUGAAGCGUUGAUCUAUUGGUGCAGAACUGAGUGAAAGAAUACUACUUUUCAUUUACUUCUUUCUGUUCAUGGACAAAGCAGAGAAUGUACAAAUAUUACACCUUUGAAAUAUUGUAUAGUUUUGUAAUUCACUUUACCGUAUCUCUUCUCACAUUCACCACGUAUGAUAAGAAAUAACAUAAGAGUGU